UCUCAAAAUGCAAUUUCGUAAAGUAAAUGGAUGCAGUUUUGUUCGCCACUUCCUCAAGUGCGAAAUAAAAGGCUAACGUAAUGAUGAUUCAAGAUAUUUAAGAGAUCCGUAUUCUUCAGAUUAUCUAGGCCGUACAUUUUAUUGCAAUUGUUGCACUACUCGAGCGAGAGAUCAUACAUGGCGAAGAUUGAGGCGUACGGCUGGGCUGCUGGACUCGCCGCUGGCGUUUUCAUCGAUUGCAUCACCUGUCACAUUUGCGUCCAAAAUUUGAUGCACACGGGAAUGAAGAUACGAGUCGCGUGCUCCUCCCUCUUGUAUAGAAAAAUAUUGAACGUGCCAAUUACUUUUACGGACAAUGAAACGAGCGCCGGACAGGUGCUGAAUUUGCUGAGCAACGACGUGAGCAGAAUAGAUCACGCGGUAUUUUACAUCCAUUAUAUAUGGAUGGCACCUCUGCAAGCUUUUAUGGUAUUUUAUUUUUUAUACAGGGAAGUUGGUUUCGCAGCUAGUAGCGGGAUUGCUCUACAAUUACUUUUUAUACCGGUACUGGGACUUUUUGGGAGUUUAACGAAUCGCCUGACUAGUAAAUACACAGCAAGAACCGACGAGCGGCUUGGAUUAACCAAUGAAAUUAUCAAGGGAAUAAGGGCCAUCAAGAUGUAUGCCUGGGAAAAGCCGUUCUCCGUACUCAUCGAUCAUGCCCGAAAAAAAGAAAUGCAAAUCGUUAAGCAAGAUUCGAUAAUGACCGAUAUAAGCUUAGCCUCGGAAUUUUAUAUACCAAGGCUUUGCAUUUUUAUAACGAUACUUUCCUUCAUUCUAUUUGGAAAUAUUAUUAGCGCUGAAAAAGUUUACGUUGUCACCGCGCUCUAUGAUGUUCUGCGAAUGAGCAUGUACACGCUAUUCCCAAUGUGUUUGCACGAUGCAGCCGAAGCGCUAGUAUCUGUUGAACGUCUUCAAAAAUUUAUGCUGAUCGAAGAGGUGCCAUGCUCACUACCCACCAAUUGCAAUAGCCCCGAGCAAAACGAGUCGAAUCCCUCGACAGAGUCCAUUAUAACAUUGAGGAACUUGAGCGGCCAAUGGGCCCCGAGAGUAAAAGUGCUCGAGAACGUGAGCUUAACGAUUCGGGCAAAAUCAUUGACGGCCGUUGUUGGCCAAGUGGGCGCUGGUAAAACCAGUUUUCUUCACGCCAUACUUCGAGAACUACCCUACACCAGUGGAGAACUGACUGUUGGUGGCUUAGUUUCCUAUGCGUCCCAGGAGCCUUGGAUUUUCGCCUCCACCGUAAGGCAAAAUAUCCUAUUUGGCCGUCCACUAGAUAAAAUGCGCUACGAAAAUGUAAUCGAUGUUUGCCAACUGAGACGAGACCUCGACAUCUUUCCGGACGGCGAUGCGACGAUGGUUGGUGAAAAGGGAAUAAACUUGAGUGGUGGACAAUGCGCUCGAUUGAAUCUAGCGCGAGCAAUUUAUCGCGACACUGACAUAUAUCUUCUCGAUGAUCCACUUUCGGCGGUUGACGCCGUUGUGGGUCGGAAGAUCUUCGACGAGUGCAUUAAGACGAAUUUAAAGGGAAAAACUGUGAUAUUGGUGACGCACCAGUUUCAGUAUUUAGAAGAAGUCGAUCGUAUAAUAGUAUUGAAUAGGGGCUCGGUGGAGGGGACGGGGACGUUCGGCGAAUUGCAAAGUGCCGGAGUGAAUUUGGUACAGGUGAUGCAAAUUGAGAAUGAAUUUGAUGAGGGGGAGACGCCGAAGAAGGACGACGAAGCAAAGUCGUUGCGCAAUGAAAUAAUAAUCGAGAGCAUCGCCAAGAAGAAGGAGAGUGUCGUUGAAAGUAAAGCAGGCGGUAGCAUAUCCGCCAAGACUUACGUAUCCUAUUUUUCGAGCAGCGAAAGUCUUCCUCUCGUUAUUAUUGUCGCAUUCGUAAGUAUUUUGCAUCAAUUAGCAGCCAGCUGUGGCGAUUACUUUCUAGCAUAUUGGGUGAAUGCGGAGGAGAACGCCACGUCGCAGAGGAACGAGACUUGCGACGAAUCCGUCUGCGCACAUCGCGAACGUUACAUUUACUUUUAUGGCGGCAUCACAAUUGCUACGAUAACUCUCUGCCUUUUGCAAUCGUGGACAUUUUUCGAAAUGACAAUGAGAAUAGCCAAUAAUCUACACGCGCGCAUGUUCACCAGCGUGAUCUAUGCAACCAUCGAUUUUUUCAGCACGAACCCGCUGGGUCGUAUAAUGAACAGAUUUUCGAAAGAUAUGAGUAUCGUUGAUACGGAGGUGUCGCGAGCAAUGAUCGACGUUAUACAGAAUGCAAUACACAUUAUCGCGGCAUUUAGUUUAGUCACCAGCGUUAAUCCUUGGCUCAUUAUUCCAACGGUGUUGGUCGGUUUCUUCUUUUACUUCUUCUCCGCGUUCUUUAUAAGAACGAGUCGGAGCAUCAAGCGGUUGGAAGGAAUAACGAGAUCGCCGGUAUUCGGUCACGUGAGCGACACUCUACAAGGAUUAGCAACUAUACGGGCACUAAAUGCUAAAGAAACUUUGGUCGACGAGUUUGACGACCACCAGAACCUUCACUCAUCCGCGUGUUUCAUUUUUUUCUCAGGCUCUCGAGGACUCGGCAUGUAUUUGGACUUAUUCUGCGCCCUAUUUCUGACCUGCGUUUUAUUCACUCUAAUGACAUUUGACGAAACGACAUUGGCCGGUGAUAUCGGUCUCGCUAUAACUCAGUGUAUGUUAUUAAUAAAUACACUGCAAUGGGGCGUUAGGCAAUUUGCUGAGCUUGAAAAUCAAAUGACGUCCGUCGAGAGAGUGCUGGAAUAUUUUCAAUUGCCAAGAGAAUGCUGUAACGCGGAUAGUUCGGACGAUAAACGAUCUGCCGAGCUUUCGGAUGUAUCUGGGACCGCUUUCCUUUUAACCAAUGGCAUUGAUAAUGGAUUUUGUCCAACCGAAGGUCAAAUUGAAUUCAGAAACGUCUAUCUCAGAUAUGACAAGCAGGGGCCUGCGAUAUUAAAAAAUUUAAACUUUGUGAUACAGCCGGGAGAGAAAGUAGGGAUAGUCGGACGAACGGGAGCAGGAAAGUCUUCCUUGAUCAAUUCUCUCUUUCGAUUAGCUUAUAUCGAAGGAGACAUUUACAUCGAUCAAGUUCUAACCAAUACUCUUGGAUUACACGAAUUACGAUCACAGAUAAGCAUCAUUCCACAAGAGCCGAUCCUCUUCAUGGGCACCGUGCGCAAGAACCUCGAUCCUUUCGACGAGUACACGGACAAGGAUCUCUGGCAGGCACUCGACGACGUCGGCAUGAAACGAAGCCUCCACAUGGGCCUCGACGCCAAGGUCGCCGUCGGCGGCUCCAACUUCAGCGUCGGACAGAGGCAACUGCUCUGCCUGGCGCGAGCCAUCGUCAGAAAGAAGAAGAUCCUCGUGAUGGACGAGGCUACGGCUAACGUCGACCCCAGCACCGACGAUCUCAUCCAGAAGACGGUGAAAAAGAAGUUCGAGGCCUGCACGAUAUUGACGAUCGCCCACAGGCUGCACACCGUCAUCGACAGCGACAGGAUACUCGUCAUGGACUCCGGCUCUAUAUCGGAAUUCGAUCAUCCGUACAUAUUACUGACGAACAAUAAAGGUACUUUGUACGAUAUUGUCCAACAGUCAGGGUCAAAGUCAGCACAAUUCCUUUUCCAAAUCGCCAAGCUGAGCUUUGAGAGAAAAGUGAGGAAAAAUUAA